CUUUCAUUGCCUUGGCAGUCUAACACCAUCAAAUCCUCUGAAAUCUAUUAUCCUACUUCUUGUAUCCAAAGAGUUUCCACUCAGCCCUAUAACCAGCCAUGCUCAACACAAAGAAACUUGUAGGUAUGGUGCGAAAGUGGCAGAAGUUGGCCACCUUAGGAAGGAAAAGGAUCACACCGGCUGGAGCUGAUGGCACUGCGGCGUUGUCAGCGGCGAGCAAUUCAUCGGUUGCAAGUAGGGGCCAUGUGUUUGUUUACACCACCGAUGGAAAGCGCUUCAUGGUUCCCCUCAGAUAUCUAAACAACUACAUCUUUAGAGAGCUCUUCAAAAUGUCUGAAGAAGUGUUUGGGUUGCCAAGAAAUGGGCCCAUUACAUUGCCCUGUGACGCUGCCAACAUGGAGUAUAUCAUCUCCUUGCUUCAGAGCCGGGUGUCUAGAGAUGUGGAGAGAGCUCUGGUUGCUUCCAUUGCCAAAAGCCGGUGCACAACAUCCUCUCUGCUUCCACAAGGAUGCAACCAGCAGCAGCUGAUCCUCUAUGGCUUCUAGUGUCAUUCUGAAAGUCCCUUCUCUAGCAUAAUUGUAAAUAUAAUUUUCAUUCAAUGAAGGAUAAGAAUUCACUUAUCUUUUUCUGGAUUAAGUUUACGCCUGGCAAAGUAAAUUGGCAUAUAAGGAUAUGAACCUAAGUUUUUCCUAUUCGUAAUCCAAGUCCUAUGUCUG